GUGCCGGAAGCGGAGGUGGUGGCCGCAACGGUGGCUCUGGCGGCUUCGGGUGCGCGGAGAAGCCGGUGGCAAGAGAUGCCGUGGGGGAAUUGAGGCUGAGGAUGGGCUCCAAGGCCAAGAAGCGCGUGGUGCUGCCCACCCGGCCCGCGCCUCCCACGGUGGCGCAGAUUGUGGAGGACGUGCGAGGGGCGCCGGCGCUGGACCCUGUCUUCACCGCCCUGGCCCCGGAAGACCCCCCAGAAGACCCCGAGGCCCAGCAGGAACUCUACCAGCAGAGCCGGACAUAUGUGGCUACCAACGAACACCUGCGGCAGGCCCGAGAUGGACUGAGGCAGAAGUGUGAGGAGCUGCGGCGAGCAGGUGACAGGCUGGAAGAAGAAGUGAACCAGGUGACUGCAGCUGCUUUCUCUGGCUGACCUGUAGGACACCCGAUGGGAAGCACCCAGCAUCUUCCUCAGGGGACUUCAGGGCCUGGUUGGCCUUCCUGAGAUCCCAUGGGCAGCUUGACUCCUGCCUGACACCCCUGCUCCAUCAUUGCAUCCUGCCAGGACACCGGGCUGGUGUGACCUGCACUGUGGGCUCCAGAGUUCUGUCUGCUUCUCUGACCCCAGCUGGGCCUCUGCGGCAGGGACACCCUCUGUCACUGCCUCUACCCCAGUUCUGCUCAGCUGGGGUUGGGGCAAAGGGUUUCCUUCCCCUCAGCUUGGCAUUUCUCCCAAACUGUUCCUCUCUGUUCCCACUUUCCACCCUGGGUCAGACGAUGCCAUGGCCACCGUCCCUACUGCCUGACAUCAUUGUGGUUGAUAGGACUGGGCCCCAGAGAUCCUAACUAUGGUCUCCUGUACCCUGCUGUUGACCUUGCCGGCUCAGCUUGAUUUUUCUUUCCAAGGAAUACAGUUGCCUGGCAGAAAUGUCCCAGAGUCCAAGCAGAGCUGACCCGGGAGGCCCUGUACCACCCUACAUGUAGGAUAAGUUCAGCUCAGUAUGCACAGAACAGUAGCCUGGGCAGGGGACAUUGUUCCUUCUAGACUCAUUCCAGACUUGCCGCUCUAGGGACAUUGGCUUUGUUUUGGGGUCUCAAGGGGCCUUCACCCCUGACCAGCCCUCAUGCCUCUGCUGGCCCCAGGCUAUGCUCACUGGAAAUGGCCUUGACUUGCGGCUCUGGACUCCCCAGGAAUUACUCCUUGUGGGAGCAGCACCUGUGUCAACCUCACUCCAGUGUCUGGGGGUACCUGAUCUGGGGUGUCUGCUCAGCCAGUGUGAAAAGCCCUCCCCCUCCCCCUCUGGACAACACGAAGAUUCACACUGGCUUUAUUUAUUAAAGGUGUAAAUAAGACCAGGA